CCACAUUCCAGUCUCUCUCUUUCUCUCCGUUAAAUUCCAAUUUUUGCCGACGAAAUCCCCACUGGGUUUUCACCUUUUCUUCAUCUUUUCACCAAUUGAUCAUCCAAAAAGUCGACAAACUUUUCAAAAGAUCAUAAAGGAGAGAUCAAGCAAACAUGGUUCGGAUAAGCAACAAUUUAGUUGGCAUACUGAAUUUCGUAACAUUCCUCCUAUCGAUCCCCAUCUUGGCCGGCGGAAUAUGGCUUUCACGCCAAGGAACAUCCGAGUGCGAACGGUUUCUCGAUCGACCCGUCAUCGCACUCGGUGUCUUCCUCAUGAUAGUCUCACUCGCCGGACUCAUCGGCGCGUGUUGCCGCGUGUCGUGGCUGUUAUGGGUGUACCUACUCGUCAUGUUUCUACUCAUCCUUCUACUCUUCUGCUUCACGAUCUUCGCCUUCGCCGUCACGAAUAAGGGCGCCGGAAAAGCGUUGUCCGAUAGAGGGUAUAAGGAAUACCGAUUAGGAGAUUAUUCUGGUUGGUUGCAGAAGCGGGUUAACAGUGACAGAAACUGGAAUAAGAUUAGGAGUUGUUUACAGGAUAGUAAGGUUUGCAAGAGCUUGAUUGAUGAUGGAUCUGAAAAUCCUUCGGUUAACGCCUUCUAUGCCCGACAUCUCUCUGCUAUUCAGUCUGGUUGCUGCAAGCCAUCUGACGAAUGCAAUUUCACGUAUGUAACUCCGACAAACUGGACCAAGACGGCCACAACGUCCUCAAACCGCGACUGUAAUGCUUGGGACAAUGACCCGAACACCCUUUGCUUCAACUGUGAAUCGUGCAAGGCUGGACUGUUGGACAACAUAAAGAGCGAUUGGAAGAAGGUUGCCGUGUUGAACGUCAUCUUUCUGGUGUUUUUGAUCAUCGUUUACACGAUUGGUUGUUGCGCGUUCAGGAACAACCGUGAGGAUAACUCGUGGAAACGCUACCCUUAGACGAGAUCGGAUAUUACAUGCUAUUGGUUUUUAUCACUUAUAUAUCAGUUAUGAAUACUGUUGUUUUUCCAAGCGGCUAAAUUGGUUUUGGCCUUGGAAAUACGACUACUUUUGUGUAGGUGUAAAUAUUGUAUGAAAACUUUGGUUGAAAUUUCUUUACAUUUUAUUUGAAUAAUAUGGUUUUGAUAUUCUGUUUUA